AUGACAGUUGAAAUUAAACCAUUCAUCGUCGAUAGUACUUAUAUUGAUGACAUCAGUUCAAGCAUAAGAUCGAGACCUAUUCCCUGGGAAGCGUUCGCCCAAAGCGACCAAUUGACCAAUGACCAGGCCAAGCAGAUGAAGGCUCUGGAUAGAGAGUUGAACGCGAACACAGUUGACGCAAUCUUGAAACAAAAGGAUAUCUAUGCUGCUACGAUUUUUGCUUUGCUGAAUGAGUCUCAAAGAGACGAUAUCACCAAGUAUUUGGUUGUACUGAUAAGCGACCUUUUAACGGAACUGCCAACGAUCUCUGAUAGUUUACUGGGUUUGUCCAGCAUCGAUUCGUCUCUACCAUACAGACCUCUUCUCAAACAGUUGAACUCAUCCGAUGAGGCAAUUCGCUUGGUUGCAGCCUAUGACUUGACCUCUUUGCUUAUCAUAGACUCUCCACUGAAGAACCAAUCCGAGACUGAAGUCGAAGACAUCCUCAAAAGCUUGUUCGAAUUCCUCGCAGUGAAGCUCCUGGCAUCCACGAACAUCAACCUGAACUACUUUGGCGUGCAAUGCAUCAAGGAGUUGCUUUGCAUCAAGCCAUAUAGAGACAUAUUCUGGAAGUACCAGGCCAAAUGCUUCCCACCAUUGUACAAGGCGAUGAGCGACAGAAGAGGUGACCUGCAAAUGAAAUACUACUGUAUUCUGUCCGUAUGGCUGCUGACAUUUAGCAAGAAGGUAGCAGCUGAAUUGCCUGUUUUCUUCCCUGAUAGCAUUGACUUUUUACUCACUAAUGCCAGGGAGUCGGUCAAGGAAAAGAUCGUCAGACUGUCCAUCUCCUCGAUAUUGAAUCUUUUGGAUGUCCCAAAGAAUGAGGCCGUUAUCAAGCAUUUGCUCGUCAAGAAAGGACUCGACGUCACCAAGCAAUUGAUAGAGAGAAAGUGGGCGGACGAAGAGCUCAAGGCAGACCUCGAGAAGCUGCUCGGAGUGUUGAACGAUGCCGUGGAUACCUUGACCACAUUCGACGAAUAUGCCAAUGAGCUCAACACCAAGAAACUCAGCUGGUCUCCUCCACACAAAUCAGAAGAGUUCUGGAUUGAAAACAUUGGUCUUUUCAAGGAGAACAACUGGAAGAUACUGACAAAGCUGGUCACGCUUUUGGAUGUAAAUGAGGACGAAACUGAUGGCAGCGCAUUGCAACAAGGUUUCUUGAACCAAGCAAUAGUGUGUCACGAUGUUUCUCAGAUCAUCAAUCAUUGGCCUGAGGUUGUCAAGGUUCUUGAGAAGACUGGUGCUAAGACCAAGAUCAUGACCUUGAUGAACUCGCCCAAUCCAACCGUCAAGUACGAGGCUCUGAAAACUACCCAGAACCUUGUUGCACACUCUUUCAGCAGUUAA